AUGGCUCAGUCUCAUCGUAUACGUCUUCUGUGUAUCCGAAAACAAGAACAUGAAAUACAUAUAAUCGAUAAUCCACUCGAUAAACAUGGUAAAACAAAAUCUUCUUCACCAUUUCAUGCAUCAACUGCUCUUCGAAAACAAAGUGAUGUUUUGGCUGGCGAUGAUUACCAAGCACCAUUAACAGCAGAUUCUCUUCAACCAGAUUCUCGUUGGUUAAUUGUACGUCGUAAUUUACAUCGUAUUCGUUUUAUGGGUUUAAAUAAUCUUGGAAAAGAAGAUCAAUUACCAAAUUUGUAUUUAGGUUUUCAAAUGACGCGUGAAUUAAAACGUGCACAAGAUGAAAUAAAAAAUAUUGAUAAAGAAAAAGAUUUUCAUAUACUUAAAGAAUUUUCUUUAUCUGGUCAUAGUGGUAGAAGAAAAGUAUUUGAUACAAGACAUGUUGGACCGAAUGAUGCACUUAUUUAUGAUCGUCUUGGUGAAGAACCAUUAGCAUUACAAAAUUUACUUUAUUAUUUUAGUAAACAAGAAGUACAACAUGGAACAGUUUUUUGGGAUUUUUUAAAUGAAGUUAAUCAAGUUUUAAAUUUAAGACGUAAACGUACUGUUCUAGUACAAAGAUUAAGAAGAUUAGCUUUAACAUUAGCUAUUAUAUUUUAUUGUAUUGUUGGAUUUAUGUUUUCUUUAAUGCUUAUUAGUGUAAUAGCAACAGCAGCAAAAUCAAAUGAUCCUGAAGUUAAAUGGGUACAUGAAAAUAUUGAAGAAUAUAACAAUCAUAUGCCAUUAUUAAGAUGA